GACUCUUACAGAGCCUUGUUCUCCAUCAUCUAGUCUGCACGCUCUCAACCUCGUUAACAACGCCUCUGUGGAGCAGGGCCCACCCACAUACCACAUCACACUGCAGGGCUAUUGUAGAAUCUACCGCCAAAGUUGCACUUCCUCCAUGUGCUACAUAAAUAUAUCAUCGAUGCACGCGCACACAAACACACGUGCGAUCGACAAUGCGAGAGCUCUACAAUGUUGUGCAGAGUUAGAAACUCGAGUCUAAUCCGAUUCACGUUCUGACCGGUCUAGAGGAGAAUAUACACACUUCACUGUAACCCAGCGUUGCUGCAGAGAGCAUAAUGGACAGGAACAGGAGCUCAGAUAUAUAUGAGAAUUCGGAAGAUAAGGUUUCAUUGGAAUGCGAAUACGCAAAUUGGGAGAAACCGAGGAACGCCAGGAACAUAAACGAGCAGGAACCUCAACACUCAGGAGAUGAUACUGCACGGAGGAGAUGUUCCAUAUGGUCCACAGUGUGUGUCGCGCUGCUGUGCGUUCUCCUGCUGAGCGGCGUUAUAGUGUUGUCUGUGAAACUCAACAACACGACAAGUGAAAGAGACCAGUUGCAGAUCAGCUUUGACAAUAUGACUGCAGAGCGAGAUCAGCUACUCGCUGAGAAAGAUGGAUUCCAGAUGCUGAAUAUUUCCAUACUGCAGUGUCAGCAGUAUUUCAUCACAACAGAGAAGAAGAGCUGGAGAGACGCAAGACUGUACUGCAGCUCGAGAGGAGCCGACCUUGUGAUCAUCAACAGCCGAGAAGAACAGGUGUUCAUCAGUAAACUUUUCAAGGGUGCUGAGGCUUGGAUUGGCCUGACCGACACCGUUGAAGAGGGGAAGUGGAAGUGGGUGAGCGGCACAGAACUGGCCACUGGGUUCUGGUGGGACGGGGAACCUAAUGACUUCAAUAAUGAGGAGGACUGUGUUGUAACUGGCAGCAAAUUUGCUAAAGCUGAAGUUAUGACGUGGGCGGAUUAUCCCUGUAAUCAUCCUGUACUUGCGAUUUGCAAGAUGAACGCAAAUUAGUAGAGCGGGUUUUUUUUUUUUUUUUUUUUUUUAAAUAA